GAAUCAAUCCGAAUUGCCCGAAAUGCCAUGUGUGUUACACAAUAAUAAAAGAGUAUUUGUUGUGAUUGGCAUUAUCAAAUUAUUAAUUUGUUUAGAAAACGAUUAAAAAGACUUUUCAUCAUUCAAAUUUGUUUAAUAUGAAUUUUAUUUUAUCAAAGCAAGAUAUUAAUUAUAAUUGUUACACGUGUCGAUAAAUAAUUUCCAGUUUCAAGAGCCAAUUGUAUUGUCAGUAUUCAGAAACACCGGCCAUCCAAUCAGGUUAAGAAAAAAUGAGUAUCUUAAAUAAAAAUUUGGAUAUAGACUUUGAUGAUCCGAAAUUCCGUAUCAAACCAUACCAACAAAUGAUUGCUUCUUGUACUGGAGCAUUAAUUACUUCAGUAUUUGUUACACCAUUAGAUGUUGUAAAAACUCGUUUACAAGCUCAACAAAAGGCAAUGUUGUCCAAUAAAUGUUUUUUAUAUUGUAAUGGUUUAAUGGAUCAUCUUUGUCCUUGUAAUGGUAAGAUGCCCACAUGGUUGAAAGAAAAUGAAAAAUUUAAUGGCACAAUAGAUGCAAUGAUAAAAAUAGGAAAAAAAGAAGGAAUUUUUUCUUUGUGGAGUGGUUUAAGCCCAACUCUUAUACUUGCUGUACCUGCUACAAUAGUAUAUUUUGUUUCUUAUGAACAAUUACGAAUACAUAUCAAGGAUUACUACAAUACAAAACUUAACACUGAUAAUAAUAGUAAUAAAAAAGAUCAACCAUUCUGGAUACCGAUGUUAGCUGGGAGUACAGCUCGUGUAUGGGCAGCUACAUUAGUAAGCCCUUUGGAAUUGGUUAGAACUAAAAUGCAAUCCCAGAAAUUGAGCUAUCGAGAAAUUGGUGAAGGUUUAAAAACUGUAAUCAAGUAUGGUGGAGUAUCUGGGCUAUGGAUGGGAUUGAGCUCUACUUUAUUUCGUGAUGUACCUUUUAGCGCCAUUUACUGGUGUAAUUAUGAAACGAUUAAGAAAAUGGUUCCACAGACUCAACAUACUUUUAGUUUUAAUUUAUUUGCAGGUGCAACAGCUGGUUCUAUUGCGGCAUUUAUUACAAUUCCUUUCGAUGUAGUUAAAACUCAUCGGCAAAUCGAAAUGGGUGAACGAGAGAUUUAUUCAGAUAAACCCGGACGUAGCAGUGAUACUAUAAGUAUAAUUAAAAGAAUUUAUAGACAAAGUGGAGUACAGGGUCUUUUUACUGGUCUAAUUCCUCGAUUAAUUAAAGUAGCACCAGCUUGUGCGAUUAUGAUAGCAACGUAUGAGCAUGGUAAAAGAUUUUUCUAUUCGUACAACCGAGAUAUUGUCUUUGAAAAUGACGUACAUUUGAUGCAAAAUUAUCGUGAUAAUUCGUGAAUAGAUAUUACCAACAAUUCCUAUGUAAAAAGUCCUUGACUUAAAUUUAAAAAAUGAACGUUGUAAAUAAUCUAUGAUGUAACAUUACAAUAAGAAUAAACAUUUUCAUUGAUUAUAAA